CAACGAUAAAUAAACAAAUGCUUUUUAGGUACAGUAAAAAUUGCAUGUCUUCAGACCAUUGAGCAACUGUGCCAACAUUUGUGAUUCGAUACGCUUUCACAAUAGCUCUGGAAACCAUGCAGAAAAAACGUGAUACGAAGCCGCUUGAUUUGCUGGAACAGUUUAAACCCCAGAACGAAAAUGAUCUAGCGAUACACGUGAAAAAAAUCGAAGAAGUCAAGACAUGGCUCAUUGCUGCACAGCGUCAUGAUCCAGCAAAACAAGUACUCUUCCUAACCGGUCCUUCGGGAAGCGGAAAAAGUACCUGCGUUAAAACGAUCGCUAGGCAGUUGAAAUACGAACUUAUCGAAUGGUCUACACCGGUCGAUGUGGACCUGUAUUUCGAUGAUACAUACGACUUCGACAGCAGGGAGGAAAAGAAAAGUCGACGUCCGCAGAAGGCACUAUUUGACGAUUUUCUGUACAAAAGUUCACGUUACUGUUCGCUGUUUGGAGGUACAGCAGAGGGUGGAAGGCUUUUACUGGUGAACGAAUUUCCGAACUCAAUGCUACGCAAACCUGAGGAGUUCCAUGACUCGCUUGAAAGGUAUCAACACAAUAGUACUUCUCCGAUCGUUUUUAUUGCCACUGAUGCUUCCAGCAAAUCGCUGGACAUAGCAUACAAUCUCUUCCCACCAGCUAUCAUAGAGACGUAUAAGGUGCACCACAUUAAAUUCAAUGCGGUUUCCGUAUCGCUGUUGAAGAAAGCAAUCAAACGCAUCACGACCAUUAUUCGGAGCGAGAAUGAUCUGUCCAAGUUGUACCAAGCUGCACCAGCAAAAGCUGUAGAGGAGAAUAUUAUUUCGUCAGCGCAAGGAGAUUUACGCAAUUGUUGCCUGAAUUUUUUAUUUGCUAGUAUGAAAGGGGCUGUAUCUACUAGCACGAAUUCAAGAAACCGUUGCUCGUUUCUGAACAACUCAAAAAAGAACCUCGAUGGCUCAUCUUUAGAAGAAGGCAGUAGCGGCCUGGGCCUUAGUGAGAAUCUAUCAAUGAUGCACGGUUUGGGACGUAUUUUUCAUCCAAAGUUUGUAAAAGAAAGAUCCGAUUUACGAUUUUUACAUACUCCCGAGAGCAUAACAGAUUGCUUUGUAACACAACCUACUGCAAUGUUAUCGUUGCUGCAUUCUAACUACGUAAUCAGAUGUUGCGAUGUACAGAAUCUCUCCGCAGCCUCCGAGAAUCUCACGCUGGUGGAUGUUAUAACGAACGAGUAUCGGAGUGAUCAACUUGCAUUGAUUGGACUCGAUAUUGCAGUUCGCGGAAUGAUGGUGAAUAACGGACAGACAGGGCAUAGUUGGCAGCCAAUUAAAAAGAAAAUUAACAUGCAGUUUCAGCACAGUUCUGCAACAUUUGCCGAUGAACUAAAUAAGCGCGGAUUGAUUACGCGACCCGUUCCAUCCAAAGUGUUUGCGACCGAAUACAAGGGCCUGGCGUUAAUCAUCCAAAAGAAACCUAUAAAGCAGACCCAAUGACCGUGAUUGCAUUGUUCAUGUCGUCAGAUAUAAAAAGCAAAUUAAAUUAGCAAAAUAAAUAUGAAACGUCU